AGGCCCAGCACGUUCUCAGUCCUGUCGUCUUGCGUGCCUCUUGCGAGCUCCUCUGCCUGGGCCGACUCGCCGCGCGGGGCCCUGACGAGUCGCCCUGAUCCACUGCGGCGCCGUCGUGGCCGCAAAUGUACGCAUCGUGUCCUGGCUCAGAGCGCUGUUUGCUGGAACUGCCCACUGGGCCGAGACCAGGACCCCCACUUCGUGUGGUGUGUGGUGUAGUGUGUGGUGUGUGGUGUUUGGCGUCUGGUGUGCGGUCUCUGGCUGGCUCCACCCCACCCGGUCGCCCCCAGAGAGCGCUGAGCGGCCAUGACUGCCGGCUGUACCUCUCUUGUGCUGACCGGACUCUGGACUCUGGACUCUGGACUCAGGACGUCUGGUCUGGCCGGAUGACUAUUGCAUCGAUGGACCGUUGUCCAGAGCAAAGGGCGAAGGCCUACGACGUGUAUCCUGCGGCCCCGUCUUUUGUCAGAGGGAUACCUCUCAGGGUGCAAUAAGGGUCAUGCCCGAAAAAUAGAGAGAAACCGAAUCAAUAAAUCCAACCAACCUAUCAAAUAAUACAACGAAUAAUACCACAACAAUAUUCAGAACAGAAAAGCGCUCAGCAAAAGCCCCAUUCUCUGCAAAGAAUAAUGCAACAGAAAAUACCAGAAUAAUACACAAAUACCAAAAUAACCACAAUCGUCACCACUCCC